AUGGCUUUGGCGGCUGCGUUGCUGGUGGAAAGGAAGCGGGGGGCCACCUCCGCCUUCGCGCCGCUCCUGGCGACGCUGCCGUCGGCGAAGGACUUGGCCGCCCACCCGAUCUUUUGGCCGCCAGGGCUCUCUCUCCGCAAGAUCUUGGCCUCGUGCCCUCACUCCUGCCGAAUGGUCUACCACAUGCAGCUGCGCGCCAGCCUUGAAGCAGCAGAGCUCGUCCAGCGAGGCGCUGCCGCGUCGCGUGAGGAGGCACUCUGGGCGCUUGCGUUGGUGGAGUCUCGAGCGAUCACGCUCAGCGACGAGGGUCCAGAAACGCCCCCUUGGCGCCUUGGCCUUUGCCCUGUCAUCGACUUCCUCAACCACCAGGAGCCAAGCGAGGGCGCACCUCCGCGAUGCCAGAUUGUGGACAAUGUCACCUCUGGCCGUGUGGAGGUCGCGGCCGAGCGCACGCUCCAGGCCGGCGACGAGCUGCUCUUCAUCUACGAAGAGUGUUCGAGCGCACAGCUGUUUGCGCGGUACGGCUUCGUCCAGUUUCCCCCAGCCAUUCCACACCCAAAUGAAAGAUGUCUGCUGAACGUGCCCAUUGCAGACCCUGAGCUGCCAGGAGGAAAGGAGGCGGGAGCAGCCCGGGUAGCCUUCGUGCGGCAGAGCGGGUGGAGGCGGAGUGCUUGGAGGCCCCUUUUACUCCGCAUGCCCUACAACGCGGAGGAAGGUGGCUCUUUGAUGCCUCUUGCGCGACUCGCCCUGCUUCCCUCCGCAGAUGCCGUGUGGCAGCGUGGAGCUUCCUGCUGGGAUGGCCGAUUCGACGACCCUGUCAUGGAGGAGCAAGCUGAGGAGUUGGCCCGGCGCUGGCUCACCGAGGCCGAGUCAUCUCUGACCUCUGCCUGCGAUGAACUCGCGGCCUUACCGGCCACCCUACGCGCGGAACACCCGGAUGUCUUCGUGGCCGUGGAUCACGUCCUCAGGGUGGAGCUCGAUCUUCUGAAGUACUCGCAGGGCCUUUUUGAAGAGUCUGUGUCUCGUGCAAAGGUGGAAGCCUAG